AUGCCCGUUCGCCUAUCCAUCCAGCGCCCCUCGCCAACAACGGCCCUCUUCACCGCCUCCAAUGCCUCCGUACGGUCCACAAUCACCUCAAAAGCCCUCUUCUUCAUCGAGAUUGUACUUCGCAUCCUCCUUUUCGCAGUCGUACUGCUCCUCAACGGUGCUUUAAUUCGCGAUUACAUAUUAACUCUCGAUGAUGGAAUCAUACACUGGGACGCCGUGUGGUCGAGUGCCAUUGGAGCGCUCGCUUGUCGCAUGGCGGAUUGGCAGGGUUGGCAGUUUACCUGUCCGGUGAGUGCGGUGCUGGUGUAUAUCAUUUUUCGAAGGGGGUAUACCGAGGAAUCGUUACUGGUCAUACGGGGGCUGGGAGUUCAAACCUCCACAUCCUCCGCUACUUACCUCUCAAAAGCCUCAACUCGAUUUAUUCCUACCACACAAAUACAAGAUAUUGUAAUCCAUGAAGCCUUCAAGGGCUUCGAAGUGAAGUUCUAUCUCGCUAUCAUUGUGGAAGGGGAGUCAAACGUAGUUGUGGUAUUCCCGAAUCUAUUGCCCCGACGAUCUAUUCUUGAAGCUGUGUGGAAAGGAGCUAGAAAAUGCCUUUACGACCUAAACUAAUGCCUGUCUCGUACAGUCAUUGUACAUUUUCUUCUACUGUUUGGUCGAACAUGGUGACUUAAGCUUGAUAGUCGCAUGCCAAUGAAAAGGAGAUUUAUUAGUGAUGUUGGAAUAGUGUGUGAGCGGACGCUAUGAUACGGUCUCGUUGUUUGAGAUGCACCAUUCUUCGCACUAUGCAGUAGGUUUCUUCCCUGGUCUUUUCGUGUAUCUUGCAUUUAUCACCUCCACCGGGUCCAAUCUACGCCUCUGCAUCAAGGGUUGCGAGUAGAAUCGUUGAACCCACCUCGAGUCAGAGCGCUUCUAUCUCCUUGGCUCACCGCAAGAUCGAGAAGUUCACCGGCCAAUAUCUCGUCUAUCUUCCGCUGUCGCCACACACGCCAGAGGGAAUCAACCGUACUCCCUAGGCCAAAUUUGUUGUUAUCUCCCUUGCCAACUUUCGAUGUCCGUGAAUCACCCGCGUAGACCCAAUCCAUUGCGUCUUCCCUGCUUCCACUGCUUUCAUCAGGGAAUAUGCAAUCCCAGAGAACCAGCGGUGUGUCAGAGGCGAUCUCGUAUGUUGGCCUUCGGGGAUGUUUCUCCACAUCUAAUAGCUCCGGUAUGAUCGAUGGGGCCUCGAGUCCCUGACCAACCAAGAAAAGUAUCGCGGCUAGAUGUCGGACCUGGUGCCAGAGGAAAGCAGAUCCAUGAAUCGUAAUGGAGUAUACUUUAAGAUUGGAUGACGGGUCAUCUAUCGACCCAUUUGCAGCUGCUUUGUCAUUUUCGGUAUCGAAGGUGGUGAAUUCAUGUUGCCUCAAAUAUGACAAGGGUUUGGUUUUGGGAUCGAGCAGCUCGAUAUCGGCAUGAUAAAUAUGACGCACGUGGUUCGUUAUCUGUUUGCUCGGAUCAACUUUGCAGAAAUUUCGAAAGUCGUGGGAUCCGAUAAGAUAUUUCGCCCCCUCACGCAUUGCUUCGAUAUCCAACCAUCCCUCUCUAAAUUGCUCAUUGUGUGGGGCGCCGCUACCCUCCCACAGGCAAUUCUCCUCACGCCCACGUUUUAGGAAGCCCAAUGGACCGGGCGUUGGAGAGAACGCUGGCUGCGUAAAAAAAUAGCGAUACCGGCGCUCACGGCAGGAGAAUCUGGCAUCAAAAUCCGGCGGGGGGUUCGGACACCAUGCUAGCACGCGAAUAUCCUCCGGUAAUACUCUGUUCAAAAUAGUUAUAUAAGGCAACUCAUCAGCAAUGUCAUCCCAGCUAUCUUCGGUCUCAGAGUUCUCUGAACCAGAAAGCGAGAGCCCACCGAGAAGAUUUUCCACUCCGCUAUUGUAGGCAUCAGUAGAAGUAGUAGUGGAAGGCUCCGCACUAGAUACUAUAUUGCCAGCACCAUUGCCAUUACCAGUACUCUUCGCAGCUUUUUUAUGGGGCCGCGCACUCCUUACCCUUAUCCCAACAACCUGACCGAACGCACUAACCCCUCUAUCCGUCCUCCCACAUUUCGAAUACUGACAGCCUGUCCAAUCAAUUUUGUACGAUCGCUCUUCCCUCCCCUGACUCUCCCCGUCUCCAACCACCCCUUC